UCAUCACCGUCUCUGGUCCGAUGUGGACCUCGUCAGAGUACAGGAACCUGCAGCUCCACAUGUGAACACGGCUCACGGUCACAUGAUGUCCUACUGGGACGGCUGUGUCCACUACCUGAUGUACCUGCUGAUGAUCACUGCCAUCACCUGGGGGGACAGUUAUCGAGCGAUCGGACUCUACUGGGUCGGCUCGGUCCUCAUGAGCUCCGUGGUCUACCUUCUUGGGAACGCUGUGGGAAAGUUUGGAACUGAGGUGGGUUUCCUGCUGGUCCUGCAGGUGGUCCAGGUCUCGGUGUCGGUCUGGGCCUGUUUCAGGGUCUUCAGUCAAGCCUCGAGUACCGACCUUCAGGUCGCC